CCCUGACUGGAGAUGUCCAGGCGAACAAUGGAUAAAGGCAGAUCCUCUGUCUCCACAUUGGGUUAGUGUAAAAAUAUGGCGGCUCCGAAUAUUGGAAAUGUAUCGUAAAUCCUUGCAUGAGAAUAGUCAAGAAUUUGCGGGCGCCUAUCCUAAUAUGAUAUUUUACCAGCCUCAUUGCUUCUUAAAAGCUUCGGCUACAAGAGAAGUAGUUUCAACAACUCCUCUAAGUGAGGUACUUCAAAAAAUUGACUUAAGGGCGGCUAUCAGGGAUGUUCGAAGAUUUAAUUACGUUUGCAAGGUACUAACUUUUGAUAAAAUUAACUGUAAGAUUAUACACGUCCUUAUUACACAGAGACUUAAUUCAUUGAUUUUAGCCAGUUGUAAUCAAACAGCACUAUUUAGAAAACUUUUAGAUGAUCUUCGAGAAAGCCUAGAGUUGCAUAAGUAUGGCCAUAUUGGAAGCGCAAUAUUGUGGCAGAGCCAUCUGAAUGCCCUUGAAAAGAUG